AAGUCUGUGUUCGCCGACAUCUCUCCCGAGCAAACUUAAACUCAGCCAGUCUGCAUGUUGCUCUUUUAUGCACGAUGUUUCGAAGGAAGCUGCUGCAAUUCUCCAUAGGAGCUCUGUUUCUUGCCCUACCCUGGCUUGGUGGAGUGGUCUUUGGAGAGGUCAACGAUGACUUCUCCAAGUGCCUCGAUUUCUUCCACCAGAGAACUCCACCACAGGGCAUCAGUGCCACAGGAGGAUACCAGCCAAUAUGCCAGCGCCACAAAAACCAGUAUCACUUUGCCAGCCUGUACCGCCGUCAGCAUCGCGUGCCACUGUACUCUGCGUACAUACUCAGCCCUGCAGAUGGAAAACGGCCCAACAGCACUUGGAUGUAUGAGCCACAGUUGGUGUAUUCCCGAGCCGAUCCAAACAUGGCAACUUUACGGACACCUGUGGACCAAAAUGUGAUGGAGACCCAGGCGGUGACUGACGACUACAGGAACUCCAACUUCACCAAAGGCCAUCUCAAUCCCAGCAUGCACCAGAAGACAAGAGAGAACCGUCAGGCGACCUUCACCCUGACUAACAUCGUCCCUCAGCGCGCGGGCUCCAACUCUGGCCCCUGGAGCAGUCUAGAGAGGGAUGUGUUGAGAAAAUUCAACACAAUCUGUGAAGGGCCGAUGCAUGUGAUCACCGGGGUCCUGCCGUAUGAGUCUGGAGCCCGCUGGAUCAACAACCGAGUGUCUGUCCCCGAGUACAUGUGGUCUGCGUACUGUUGCCCGUCCUACAAACCUGACCUACCCGAGUCUGUGCGGCCAUUUUUCCCCACAUACGCUGCCGUGGGGAGAAAUGACCGCAACAGUGGAACGGAGAUUGUUCCGGUUGAUUUAAAGGCGAGGUCCUCGGUGCGAGGCUACGAUGUGAGACGUAUGACUUUAGAGAGUCUGGAGGGCAUCCUGAGACAAAGGCUGGCCAUGCCCAUCAGCCUGUUUGCUGGGCAGUGUCAGACCAGACCCAGUGACCCUUUGGAUCUGGUCCAUCCGUCUGCAACCAUCUUUGUCACUUCUCCACCCAAAUAAAAAUUAAUCUGGAGCUGCAAAAAAAACCUAU